AUGUAUGGAAUGCUGUUUGAGAGCAUCCAGUUCUUCAUAAAGCAGGAUUAUGGCGUCAACUUCUGGGCUCGAGUUCUGCAGGAGGCGGGGAUCCCAAACGUCAUUUUUAUACCCCAUAAGACGUAUCCCGACGAAUGGAUGGUCAACUUGGCUAAGGCAACCUGUACCGUCCUGGAGGAUCAAGAACUGAACGACACAAUGCUCUAUUUUGGUGCCUGCUUUGUGAGCUUCUGUUGCAAGUUUUCAUACGACAAAAUCCUUAGAUUAACAGGCAGAUACUACAGAGACUUCCUGAAUGAAAUCGAUAACGUGCAUGAGACAAUCAGAUUCUCCCAUCCAAAAAUGCAGAGCCCGUCGUUCAUCGUCCAGUCCGAGGAUGUACAUGGUUGUGUCCUCAUCUACCGAUCGAUGCGGACAGGUUUUACCUACUACGUCAUGGGUCAGCUGAUGCAGUGUGCCAAGAUGUUUUAUAACGUUGACGUGGAUAUCACUGUGCUUGAAGAGAUCCUCAGCGACAUGGGAUGUCACGUGACAUUUAGACUGAACUUCGACAACAGCGCUUACACGCCACUUGGAGGCAAAGGCUGUAGCUCAGUUCACCUCGCCAGUUAUCCAGCUGUGAAAAGUGAAACUUUUUUUAAGCUGUUUCCGUUCUGCCUCGUCUUCAACCCCAAGAUGAAAAUUAUCGGAUGUGGAGGAAGUCUGGCCAGUCUGUUGCAGUCAGAAGAGUUGCUAGGGUCAAAUGUCACAGACAUGGUCAGCCUUAGACGACCUUUAGUUGACUUCACUUGGACCAAUACGAUGUGCCUUCAGAAAGUGAUAUUCGAGGUUGAGUGGAGAAAAGAAGCAAUCGGUCGUCAUAGAGAUGGGAGCAGCGCCACCUUAAAAAGCAGCAGGUUUGGAGAAGAGAGGGGUGUGAACACUAAACGUCUGCUCCUUCGGGGACAAAUGAAAUACAUUAAGGACUGGGAUGCCAUGGCGUUUCUGUGUACACCACUUUUAGGAAACCUCGAUGACAUGCUGAAGGCGGGACUUUAUCUGCACGAUCUCAACAUGUUCGACAACAGCCGGGAUCUUGUACUGGCGGGACAACAGUGCGCCUCGGACUUGGAGUACAGCAUGGAAAAGCAAAUAGCAUGGUCCAAACAGAUCGAGGAGACAUUACAGAAACUGGACAAAGCAAGGCAACAAAGCGAGAACCUCAUCAACUCUAUGCUGACCAAGAGCAUAGCUGACCGUCUCAAGCGUGGAGUUGAUCCCUUGGACACGUGUGAGACCUUCCAACAGGUGACCAUCCUGUUCAGCUAUCUUGUUGGAUUUUCUGAUAUAUGCACAGAAGGAAGCCCCAUGCAAGUGGUCGAGUGUAUACAGAAUGUCACAGAAGUCUUUGAUAAUAUUGUGGACAAAUACGAUCUCUUCAAGGUAGAGACUCUUGGUGAUGGCGUCUACAUGGUGGCCGGAGGUGUCCCUGACCGAUGCAGUGACCACGCCCAGAAAGUGGCCGGGCUGGCUCUAGAACUGAUCGAGAACGCCAUGUAUGUCAAAAACCCUAUUACUGGAGCUGGCAUGCAAGCUAGAAUAGGCAUGCAUGCAGGAAGUGUUGUGGCAGGAAUUGUGGGCAAAAGGACUCCCCAGUAUUGCCUCUUUGGAGAUACAGUGAACACAGCUGCCAGGAUGCAGACCAACAGUGAGCCAGGCAGGAUACACCUCACUGAACCUUGUCAUGACUGCUUGAAAGGAACAGAGUUUGUGACCGUGUACAGAGGAAGGAUACAUGUCAAAGGCAAAGGGGAGAUGAAAACCUACUGGCUGGCUGGCAGACGUGGGGAGGAGUCUACCAAAGAAAUGUGUAAGAUUUUCAAAGCAGAGCACCUCAGAAGAAAACAAGAGUAUGU